AUGCGGGUUGGAGUCGAUAUCGAUAUGUUGGAGUCGAUAUGCCCUUCGGUUUGCAGUGUCUUCACGAUUAUUCACCGGUCACGAUGCGACGAUGAAUCACCGGUGACGAAGACGGCUAGACUGCUGCCGUACGUGCAAAAAAGCCUCGCAUAUUCCUGCUAUUAUUCGUGCUGUACUUCUUAUCGACUUAUCAAUCCAUUUGCAUCUCAUGCAAAUGAAAUCCUGCUGGUGUAUCUAAUUAUCCACAUGUAUGCAGAUGACUAUCUGAUUCCUGAUGCUGACAAAUUCGGUAAUGACCCCUUAGCACUGAGCUGGAGACACCACCUGGGAGGUGUCGAAGGCCUGAGACAAAAGGGGUGGACUAUUGUAACCAGUGCAGCAUUGACGUACUGCGCUCGCCAGAACGGUCUCAAGGCUGAUAUACUCGGAUCUGGUGAUAACCAAGUCCUCGUCUUGGAGAUUCCCUUGAGGUACGGAGAUUCAGAAGAUCCAUACAUUCAAGAACGAUCCCGAGAUGAGGCACGGCUUCGCUUCUGA